AUGACGAACUAUGAAGUCAAUUCAUUUGAAUCUUUCAGUCAACAAGAAUACGACCUCUUGAAAAGAAGGCGAGGUGAUAACACCUCUAAUCUAUUUUCUGCUACUGUACCAGUCAAAUAUAUAUUAACAAAAAAAUGCAGAUCCAAAGCACGAAACCCAACAUUCAUAUUCCAUUCAAAGCACAAACACACCCCAAAUCACGGCCCCAGAAAUCAACAAGACUAUUUCACCAACUCUCAUACCAGGACCCAGCUUUCGCCUCGCGCCAGAAGCAGAAGGUCCCGCGUAUGCUGCAUAA